CACGCUUCUUUCUUGUUGAUUCCAAACAAAACAACCACAUAUUUUUGGUUACCACGAAACCAAGUCUCUCGUCACUACCACUCCUCCGCACACGAGUACCAUCAUCCACACUUCCUUCUUCAACCAUAGAUACACCUCAUCCAGCUUCUCGAGAUGUCGGUCGUAUCACUUUUGGGCGUUAACGUUCUCAACAACCCAGCCAAAUUUGGUGAUGCCUACCAAUUUGAGAUCACCUUUGAGUGUCUAGAGACCUUGCAGAAGGGUAUGUCACACCGCGUAUCCCCGCGUUCAACACAAUAGAACUUCUUUCUAAUACCUGCUUCUAGAUCUCGAGUGGAAGUUGACCUACGUCGGCUCUGCUACCUCGUAAGUCUCUCUCUUCACGGCCUCCAGAUCCAAAACUGAACUUCUACAGUGACGAACACGACCAAGAGCUAGAUUCACUCCUCGUUGGACCAAUCCCCGUUGGCGUCAACAAGUUCGUUUUCGAGGCCGAUCCCCCCAACACCACACGAAUCCCCGAUGCUGAGAUCUUGGGCGUGACCGUGAUCCUCCUCACCUGUGCCUACGACAGUCGGGAGUUCGUACGAGUGGGAUACUAUGUCAACAACGAGUAUGACUCUGAGGAGUUGAAUGCUGACCCACCGCCAAAGCCCAUCUUGGAAAAGGUCCGCCGUAACAUUCUGGCUGAGAAACCAAGAGUUACUCGUUUUGCUAUCAAAUGGUUGGUCUUUACACGCUUGGGGGGCUCUUUACUACGUGGCUAAUUUCUAUACAGGGACUCUGAUGAUUCUGCUCCACCUGAGUUCCCACCCGACCAACCAGAGGCCGACCUCAACGCCGAUGGUGACCAAUAUGGUGCAGAGGAGGCCGAGGAGGAAGAAGAGGAAGCUGCUGCUGAGGCCGCUGCCGACCCUGACGCCAUGGUCCAAGACAACGAGAUGGCUGUAGACGUUGAUCCAGCUGCUGCUGGCGAGGACGAGGAUGCCGGAUCCGAGGAUCUUGAGGCCGACAGCAGUGGCAGCGAGGAAGAAGAGCUUGAGGAGGAAGAAGAGGUUGAUGGAGAUGCUGAUGAGGCUAUGGACAUGGAUGGUGUUGAGAAGCCGGCCAAUGGUGCUGCUCCUCAUGCUGAUGCCGUCAUGGCUCAUUAGAUUGAUGAUACCCCACGCACGCGUCUGAUGAAUUGCUUUGAGAGAGUGGAUGAUGCCUGGAUUUGAAUGGAGCUCUGGGAAAGGGGUGACAUAUUUACAUUUGACAGCAUAGGUUAAUGAGAAAAGAACGACAUGAUUCCCCUUGAAAA